UGCAAACUUCACAUCCAACUCACUGUUAUUGUGUAAAAUGAUUGUGGUUCAGUGUAAUUCACUGCGCCCUCUUUGUUACACUACAUCAUUACAGUAUUUAUAUCUAAUAUAAUGCUAAGCGACACAAUGAGGAAAGUAUUUCAGUACAUAAAGUAUUUAAAUGAUGUUUUUCUGUCCUUUAUAAGUUGCUCAACACUGAACUGUAGACCCGUCCAGAGUACCUUUCUAGAAGCUGAAAGAAUAUUGAACCGCCUGUCAAGCAUGGAGAAACUGUCCCAGCAAGUGUAUGCACCGUGGCUGCUCUCAUGGCUGCCAUCCAUUUUAUUUUAUUCAGCAAGAGCAAAAUAAACUUUAUUGCUUGUCUGAAAACCACUCAAAUGUAGGGGCAGAAUGACUUCACUAUUGAGGAACCUGUUCAACAACCACAAAUAAAAUGCACUUUAUGAGUGAGACAUUUAAUGCACACAGUCCACAUCUAUUCUUUGUGACACAUCUAACAGCACAACAUAUUUUUUUUUGUCAUUUCUAUGAGAAAUCUAAACCUUGUGUUUUUAAGGUGGACACAUACACAAUACACAUUUAAGUGUGUGUGAUUUAAAAGUAGCCUGAGGUUAAAAAUGGGGAAACUUGUUUUUCUGGGAUAUAAAAAGCAGCCUGUGACCAGCCCUCAUUAUCCAAAUGAGCUUAUGGUCUUACAAGUAGGUGAGUUUUAUAUGCUGUGCUGUGACAUAUGCUGAUGCUGAAAGCCUAGGUAAUCCUCUCAGCUGCCUGUCCUUUGAGAGGCAAAGGAGGAUAUUUUGACGCACGGGCGUGUGGAUUUUUUUUUUCUACGCAUAGAACCACAAGUAUGGAGAUAUUUCUUCUAAAAGUAACAAGUGACAGGCAUUUUUCCAAAGCAAACAAUUUUGUUUUGUUAACUUCUUUUUUGGAAGCACUCUUCAGACUCAACAUGGACACAACACCUUCAGUCUGAGAAUGACGGCUAGUGCAGGAGGCUAAGGGCUGCGACUGUUUGUUUUUUUAUCAGUCCUUACACUCGCUGGUCACAAUGGGCUGCUCACCUUCCAAAGACAACAAUGUUGGGACAUUGGGUCCUUUCAGGAAAAGCAGAAUGCUACCUCUUACACCUCCUGAAAGCUGCAAGCCACCAACAGGGGGUGAGAAAGGUAAUUUAACUAUGACCACAGAUUUGAUUGUAAAAGACAGGACAAUACCUGCCCAGAGUCAGGUCACUCAUAAGGAAACCCCACGGGCACCACAGAAGAAGAAAUCUGUGACUGAUCUUUCUCUGGAGGCUGUAAAUAUGGAUAAACUACAUAGUUAUGGCCUUGACGACAACACAGUGUGUCAGGGCAAGGAGAGAAACAACGACAAGUUGGAUGCACCAGAGAAGAAGUCAGUGAAAAAAACAAAGAAAAUCGGAAAAGGUGCAAAGGUGCCUAAGAAGAAAGAUAAAUGUAAAAUACUCCUGGACAACAAAGUGGACUUUCCAGAACCUCUGAUAACGGCUCACCAGGAAGCUUAUGCAUUUUUAAACCCCAGCAUAAACAAGUACGAUGUUCUUCUUGGACUUCUGGAACAAGCAACUGAAACUCGUCUUUCAAUGCGACCUAUGGUUGCUUUUAUGGUACUGCGAUACGAGGAAAUAAUUCACGGCCUGGAAGAGAUUGCAGCUGCAGGUGAAAAGGUUUUAAAAGACAACGGAGGAAAUCUUGCUUGGACCAGCCAAAUGAAAAACCUUUCACCUUCAUCAUCCCUCAAGUCUGACCCUAAAGACAUUGAGCCUCCACCAGAUUUAUUGCAACAGCUGCUUCAGUACACCACACAGAGAAUGAAGAACGUGAGUCAGACUGUCGGUGGUCUUGGGGAUGCCGCUCUGGAGGAAACUGUGGAGUAUUUCGACUCCCUUUCAGAGCUUUUACAGGAGAAACUGAAAGCAAAGAGAGCAGCAGAGGCCAGACUUAUGCAACUUUUAACCUGUAUUGAAUUAGCCUCUCUACGGAAGCCAGGCUCAGAGGACUGCGUACUGUUUAGUGAAGACAGUGGUAUUGGAGCUGAGAGUGAAUCUCUCGCUGGAUCUGAAAGACACCGUAGAAGAGAGAGUAGUGAGUCUACUCAAACAAACAGAGCUACACCUGUCGGUCAUACGGAGAACAACUCCAGUACACAAGGCGGGUCAGAGCCAAAUCUUUCAAUUCAAAAAAGCCCAAGUGUUUCCCUCACAUCGCUCAACUCACUUGGCUCUUUCUGCGCUGUUACCUACGAUGGUACACAAAGAAACUCCUUAUUUUCAUCAGUUUCUUUUGACGACGGUGAUGAAGAUGAAAACAAUAAUGAAGAAGACGAAGGGAUGCAAAAUGUCCAUGUAAGGUUUAGAAAUAGGUCAAAUUCUUCACCCAUACAGAGUAGACAACAACCGUGCCGCCAACCUUCGAAGCGCAUCAAGAAUCCAGAAAAUAUAGAGAUGACGCUUAAGAUGAAAAAUGCUAUAAGUCGUAAAAUACAAUUUGUCCCAGGACACAAUACUAAUGGGAAAUCCAAACUGGUAGGAAGCCCAAAAACCAGUAAAAACCAAUGGAAAGAUGACAAGGACCAAUCUCCACAGCGGCCACAAACGGCAACACCAGAUCGCAAGGCACGGGUGAAAAAGAAAGUAGCCGGACAGCAGCGCUCCCAAUCAGCAGAGUCCCUGAGAAGCAGAGGUGAAGAUCCUACACUACUGGAACUAGAAAGGACUCAGAAGGACUUAAACCAGAGGUUGCGGAAUCUGUAUGAAUGUGACGCAGGUGUUAACGUUAGGACGGUUAAAACUAAGCAAAAUCAGGGGAGAUCGUUGGCAUACUCUACUGCAAUGAACUCCAAACAGCCAUCAUCAAAAAAACAAAGCAAUAUUCAACCACCGAACAUCAAAGCGGACUUAACAAAGAGAACCAAUAAAAAACAAGGUGUACUUAAUGUGGUGGACAAUGAAACUCAAAAGGCAAAGUCAACCACACAAGGUCCUGUUAAAGCCACCCCACCCCACAGCCCCCCACCAACUGGUCCCUACAGAGGUAGGAGUUCUGUCAAGAAACUGAUUGAUACAUUUAGUCAAGGAAUAGAGGAACACGAGAGUCCUAAAAAUCUGGGGCCACUAAAAGGAGUAAGGAAGUGUGGUGUCCCCGUGUUACCAGGGAUAGGAAACAUGGAGGCUGUGCUGAGCACGGGACUAACCAGCUGCAGGCCUGAUAACACUUUAUUUGCGAAAACCAAUGACUUGGACUCGUGUAGUCUACCUCCACCUUCACUGGAAGUAUUGAUGGACAAUUCCUUCGAGAGUCUCCAGGGUCUUUCUACAGGUGGAGCAAAUGACGGGACUACAAAACUCGGCAAGUCUUUGUUGAAAAGGACAGUGGCUUCACAGAAGCUCAGGUCCUCUCUUGAGUCGGUGACAGUUCUGCCAAGCAAAGGCAGCUUACCACAAGCUUCCAAGGCUGUUUCUGUUGCAAGAUUUAUUCAGCUAGAGUCAUCUGCUGCCUCAAAGUUCAGCCAACCUGAUGUUCAAUCAGAGGAUGAUCCAUUAUGCCACAAAACAAGGAAGGUUAUACAUAUCAAAAAUACUUCAGACUCUCAAACGGAGUUAAGACACAGUUUACCUUCAGGUCAGAAACAAUGUGAAGACAUUGAGGACGGCUCCAACUUGUCCAGGUCUGGAGAAAACGCUGCAGUGUCAACCGAGUCUCUUUCUUCAGCAUUUAGUGGCCAGUCACCAUUUACCCAACCUAAAUCCAAGAGUCGGCUGUUGCCGUCCACACCUACAAAACCCACUAGCGUACAUCAAAACAUUUCCAGCCCUAAUUUUAAAAGACAGCCCACUCCUCCCACCUCCUCCAGCCCUGCUUUACGAAGGAAACCAACAACUCCACCUGCAGCUCAGAGGAGACUACCCAGUCCACCUUUUACAAAACAGUCAACCCAAACUGCAUUUCCUUUGAAAACACCAUGUCCACCUGCCUCACCAAAAGUGCAAAGACAGUCAACAGAGAAGAGCAGCGACGACUCUUCAAGUGUGAGAGUGACCGGGAAUGCAUGUUCAGUCUUCUGCCCCAUAUCUCCAUCCCUAUUUGAGGCCCAGUCCAGAUCUAUUCCAUGUCCAACUCAAGCAUGGACCUCUGCAGGUGUGUCAUAUGCCCCAUGUCCCCCAGGAAGUCAAUCGCGGUUCCCUGUUUCUGUUCAAGGCCCUCGCCCAUUCCUCCGACGGAGUCAUUCAGACAGAAGACCAAGUCUAAACUUGCAUCGAAGGUCACCAUGCCUUACGCUGGCUGAGACGUUUGGGAGUGAGCCAGCAAUAUUUUCACACGAGCUGGUUGAUGAUACAAGCAGAGACAGCGAAUCGUGGCUGAGCCAACCAGACCUCAGAACAACCCCACGCUCUGCAUCACACCCAGAUCUGUGUGUUGUGGGUCAGGCCUUGCACAAAGACUGAACGGUCCGGUGAAGAGCUACUGGGAUUAUGGAUUAACGGCCUUAUAAAAGACUUGGAGUGGUGGAGAUUAUUCCUUCCUGAAUACUUUAACAAUACCUUGUUUCUGUGUUUGUCUGUCUGUGGGCAUUUAUGUAAACACUUUUGUAUUAGAAGGUAAAUACACAACAUUCUUGAUAAACAAACAAACAAACAAACAAACUUUAAUAUAUCAAUGUUUUGUGCCUGGUAAUGGCUUUGAGCAAAAGUCAUCAUCAAUUACAGUAACUCCCCUUUAUUAAAUCAUGUUUUUGCAUUUCUUGUAUUUUUUAAUUUGUUUCUAUAUUCAAAUUAACAUUC